GGAGAAGACACGCGAGCACACUGCUCUGAGUACGCCUGAAACUCUGCGCUGUCUUUAUUUAUUUAUCUGUUUGCGAGUAUUUAUUGAUUUUUUUUUAUUUAUUUACCGAAGAUGAACGGAAUAACAAGAAGUCUGUGUACAGUUGAAGACUUACGUCAGCAGCAUGGGGAGGGGUGCAGACGACUGCGACUCACACUUCAAGACCAGAGCCAGGCCGGUCGGCACACAGAGACGUCCAGGGACAAGCCAGUCGGACGUGCGUUUGCGUUGGUGCAGUCGUCCAGCGAGAGGACAGCUCUGACGCCCGAACCAGUUAAAUCUACAGAGGAGCAGGUUGAAGUCAUCAAAGUUUACCUAGAGGCCCACAGACAGGAGCAGCAGAAGCACCAGCAGAGCCUGAAAAUGCUAUCAGAUGAAGUUUCACAGAUACAAGAGGUGAGGUAUUGUCUGAAGACACUGAGAGAGCAGAUGGCUGCCAAAAAUAAGGUGCACACUAACGGAUGGAGGAUCAGCGCUCCCUUCAAAAAUAAUGCUUUGUCUGGACCAAAAGGGGACACUAAAGCUGACACGCAGGAAGUGGAUGAUGAAGCAGAAAGAACCAAACUGAGGGAAGUCAGUAAGCGCUUAUAUGCACAGCUCCAGGAUGCUGAGAAGAAACACCAAGAGGAGAGAGAGAGUUUGCAGGCUGAAGCGAGCAGGCUCAGGGAGUGUGUGAGUGAUCAGGAGGAGAAGUUGAAGAAUGCAGAAGAAGCCAGCGAGAAGAAAGACCAACGCAUUGAAGAGGUGCAGAGGCUGCUGGGAGGAAUGGAGCAGGAAAGCUCAGCCCUGCGAGAGGAAAUCCGGCAACGUGAGGAGGAACUCUGUGAACUACGCAAGAUCAGAGAGGAGGGCCAGAAUGGGCAGCAGAGGGCUGAGCAGUUGGAGAAGGAGGUGUCUGUUCUGAAAGAAAAGAUCCACCAUCUGGACGACAUGCUGAAGAGCCAGCAGAGGAAAGUCAGACACAUGAUUGAACAGCUCCAGAACUCUCGCAUGGUGCUCCAAGAGCGGGACCGCGUGAUCAAAGAGCUGGAGGAGAAAGUGGCAUUCUUGGAGGCUGAGAACAGAGAGAUGCGUGACCAGAUGGAUUACUACUUGGGAGAGCAAAAGUCAAACUCAUACCUGUCUUCAGAGCACAACCCCCAGAUUGUCUACAGUAAACCAAUCAAACCCUCCACUUCCUCCAACAAGCCGCUGCCUUUCAUCAAAGUCAUUGAGAUCAGGUCGUGAAUGAGUCGACGCAGGCCUCAUGAGAAGAGCUCCGAACCACAAAACCUUUCAAAAGCAGACUGAACGCAAGCAGCAGCCCGACGUGAGCUUCCAGCAGCUCAAACCACAUUGAGACGUCCACAGAAACACAGAAGGAA